UUUUGCUUUAUAGUUAAGCAGAAGCACAAGACCUUGACCCCUCGCCAGUUCCUGCAGAAGCAGUAGAUACUUGCACUCCUGAUCUUCAGAGUCGGCUUACCUCAACAUGGCUGGCCAUGCGAACACUAAUAUGAGGAUCAUUCUGGUAGGGAAAACCGGAAAUGGAAAGAGUGCUACAGCAAACACCAUCCUUGGGAGACGCCAGUUUGAGUCUAAGAUUGCUGCCCAUGCUGUUACCAAGACCUGCCAGAGAGCAUCCAGGACAUGGAAGAAGAGAGUCCUUGUUGUGGUCGACACUCCCGGGCUCUUUGACACCAAGGAGACCAUGACAACUACAUGUUUAGAAAUCAGCCGCUGUGUCCUCUACUCCUGCCCUGGGCCUCAUGCCAUUAUCCUGGUUCUGAGGCUGGGCCGCUACACUGAGGAAGAGCAGAAAACUGUUGAUUUGAUCAAGGGUAUUUUUGGGAAGGCAGCCAUGAAGUACAUGAUUAUCUUGUUUACUAACAAAGAUGCCCUUGAAGAUCAGAGCCUUGACAGCUUUUUAGUUAAAGCAGGAGAAAAGGUAAAUGAUAUCAUCCUGCAGUGUGGGAACCGCUACCUGGCCUUCAAUAACAAAGCAGGUGCGGCUGAGCAAGAAGACCAAGUGCAGCAGCUGGUGGAACUGAUAGAGAACAUGGUGGACACAAACGGAGGGUCUUACUUUUCUGACCACAUAUAUCAGGACAUAGAUAAAACACUAAACAAAAAUCAAAGGAUUCUGAUGGAAACUUAUGCUCAAGAAUUCAGUGUUGAAAUUGACAAAAUAGAAAAGGAAUAUGCUAAUAAAUCAGAAAAAGAAAAGAUAGAAAAAAUUGAUUCUGCAAGGAGAGAUUAUGAAGAAAAAAUGAGAAAUAUAAAGGAAGCAGCUGAAAAGGAUAUAUUUACAUAUAUUUUCGAAAAGAUAAAAAAAAUACUUUCAAAUAUUUGGAACAAGUUGGUGCUUUGAUGUAAAUUUCUUUUUUUUUUUUUUGU